AUGGACGUGUGGAGUCUCUGGACGCUCGGAUCAUCCAGCUGCAUCAUGUUCACGUGCGCGCUGCUGGCGGUGGUCAGCCUGCUGUUCGUGGUGCACUACACCAGCAGGAAGAGGAGAGAGAACGAGCCGCCUUUAAUCAAAGGCUGGAUCCCUUUCCUUGGGAAAGCUCUGGAGUUCAGGAAAGAUUCUUUAAAGUUCCUGCUCGAGCAGAAGAGGAAGCAUGGAGACAUUUUCACGGUCCGGAUGGCAGGUAAAUACAUGACCUUUGUCUUGGAUCCGUUACUGUACCCGCACAUCAUCAAACACAGCCAGCAGCUCGACUUUCGCGAGUUCCUCCAAAACACGACGCCCAGGACGUUCGGGUAUCCGCCGGUCCACAGCAAGAUGUUCAGUGGGCUGAAGGAGCAGAUCGCCUACUCCUUCACACUCCUGCAGGGGAACAACCUCACCCUGCUGACAGAGAGAAUGUUGGACAACCUGAUGCUGGUGUUUCGCCAGGACCACCUGGGGCACAGCGGUUGGAGAAGCGGCAGCAUAUACCAGUUCUGUCUGUCCAUGAUGUUCGAGGCCACCCUCCUUACCAUGUACGGUCACCCGGCGGCCGCCACCCGCCACGGUGGGGUGAGCGCGCUGAGGGACGACUUCCUCAAGUUCGACAGCAAGUUCCACUUGCUUGUGCAGCAGGUUCCCAUCUGGCUGUUUUGGGGAAUGAAGGCCGUCCGCAAGAACCUCAUCAAUUAUUUCAUGCCCGACCACAUUUCACGCUGGACCGACAUGUCGGAGUUUAUCCGCAUGCGUAUGGAGAUGUUUGAGGACCAUGAAAACCUGAGAGACGUCGACAAAGCAGCUCAUCACUUUGCCAUGCUUUGGGCAGCUUUGACGAACUCGGUUCCUGCCACCUUCUGGGCCAUGUACUACCUGCUGAGCCACCCAGAGGCACUGCAGGUGGUGCGACAGGAGAUUCAGGAGGUCUUCCAAAUCAGCGAUGUGGAGUUCAGCAGUAACACAAAUGUGAAGCUCCACAGGGAGGAGAUGGACAAGCUCCCUUAUCUGGAGAGCGCCAUCAAAGAAAGCUUCCGUCUGUCCUCGGUCACGAUGAGCCUCCGGGUGGUGCAGGAAGACUUCAAUCUGCGGCUGGGGGAGAGUCGCUCAAUCGCUGUCAGGGAAGGAGACAUCAUCAUCAUGUAUCCUCAGAUCAUGUACUUUGACCCGGAAAUCUACGAGGAGCCCAAGAAGUUCCGAUUUGACCGCUACGUUCACAACGGUGCAGAGAAAACGGACUUCUACAAGGACAACCAGAAGCUGAAGCACUACCUGAUGCCAUUUGGCUUGGGCUCAUCCCUGUGUCCCGGACGCUUCUUUGCCAUGAGCCAGAUAAAGCAGUUCCUGUGCCUGAUGCUGCUGUACUUCGACCUGCAGCUGGAGGACGGGCAGAGCCAUUUUGAGCCCAGGAAGGCUGGUCUGGGGUUUAAGCUGCACUCUGCUGACAUCCGAUUCCGCUACAGACUGCGAGCUGACAACAAGAUUGAUGGUGGCUACUGA